AUGUCUGGUGCCGAAGCAGAAGAGGCGGAAGCGCUCGCCGCGCGGGUUGCCUUUGACACCGAUAUUGAGGGUUCGCCUACUGCGCCCCGGGAAAACGGAGCCUCUACCUUCUCUACACCACAGCGACAGGGUGCCGAAGUUCGACAGGGCCUAGACGAGGAUGACGUUCGAGAAGGCGAGACGCCUGAGGAGGCGCUGCAGCGUCGCAUCGAGGAGGGAAAUAUUGGAAAGGGGAAGACGUUGCGGAGAUGGAAGGACACGGAAGAGAAGCAAAGGAUGGUAGAAACCGGCAGGCAUCAGUCCAAGGUGCAGCGAUACGGCCAGAUCUACGAGGAGGUCCGGGCCCUCCGAAAAGAGACGAGGCACAGCGUGCGGGACCUCCGAGAACGGUAUAAGGACAAGGGGGUCAUCCAGAACAAGGACCAGUUCAUCGUCAAGCUCAUCGCACAGGAGCGGAACGAACAGGAGGGCAAGGUGGCUGCGAUCAAGUCGCUGCAGCAAUGGCGACUCACGGACGUGGAGCUACACAACUUUAUCAAUAGAUGCCACAAGAAGGGGAUAGCCGGUAAGCUCGACCUUGCCAUGCAGUGGGCGGUCGAGCAGGAGGAAGCUGGUGGCGAGGUGAACUUUAAGGAGGGGCUGGCGUUCUACUCCAGCAUCGGCAUCCUGCAGCCCCGCAGUAGUGCGCACACGCAGCAGCAGUGGCGAGAGUGGCGGGAGUGGGAAGACGCGUUGACGUGCGCGCUGGGCAAGUUUAAGAAGGCCGGAGCGGAGGGCGCCGCCGACGUGAAGGGGGCCGAGGCCACCGGGCCGGAAGGGUCGUGUAGCAACGAAGACUCGACGGUUUGCAAUUCCCCGUGGAGUAGCGAGCGAGGAGGAGGGGGCAGCUUCGGAGGCUUCAGCGGGAACCUUCGAGCCUCGUCUUCCCACGGGGAGGGAGGCCGGCGACACUACUCCAGCUCCGGCACGGCGGCGGAUAACGGGACCGCGCCGGAGCAAACGAUGAGAGACGCCAUGCCGCUGCAUCGACGCGGGCGAAACUCGUCGCACCGGGGGGACUUGGGGGGAGACGAAGCGAGACGGGAGUGGAGUUGGAGAUCGUAUUCGCCGCCGUCGACGCUGUCGCGACACAGGGGCAGAAACACGAACGGAGGUGGUGGAGGAGGAGGAGGAGCGAAGAAGAACGCCCCCGCGGGUUUCGUGCAGCCUGCGAGCGGGCUCCCGGGGGCGGAUGGUGGGACUGCGACGAACGGCAAGCCCCCACCUUCGCCCAGCAGGGUCGAUUCCCCGGAUAGGGUGGGAGGAGGGUCGGGGAAGUCGGGAGACUCGGUGUUGCUGGGGGAGUCCGUGGUGCGGUCCAGCGGGGGUUACCUCCCCCCAAGACACCCCCUCGCGGCCCUGCAGCUCUCGCCGACGAGCCAACGGAGCGCCGUAGGGUCCGACUCGGAAGAAACCGGCGCGGGACGAGACCCCGGCAGAGAGAAUAACGGAGGAGGCUCGGGCGCAGAGCCGGAGUCGGUGGGCGGCGGUGCCGAAGCGGCCAGAGCCCCCACCGAGGGAUCGUCGGCGGCGGCGGCGGCGGCGGUGGCGGUGGAGGACACCCCGGAGGUUAGACCGGCGGGCGACGCCGCGGCGGAAGGCCCGGCCCCCACGGAGGGCGAGGGUCCCGCUCCGACGGAAGGAGAGGGGGGGGGCAAGAGUGCUGCCCCGGGUGACGGGGCUCGCCGUAGGCUGAGGUAUAGCGACGCCGGGGGCGGCGCGACCCGCGCGGGAGGAGGGGGAGGGAGCGAUUCGCGGUCGGUCUCGGGAGUGUUCUCGGGGCUGGCGGACUGGUUGAUGCCCGGCAUGGAGCGUCGCCGGCCCGCGGUUAAGACGGAGCUGCUCCUGGAGGUGUACCCGAGCGCGCCCCAGUCUCCCGAGCGCGGGCAGCCGCCGGUGGUGACGAGGUCUGCGCCGCCUACGCCCCGCGGGCGCAGGAGGCCAACGUCGGUGCUGAGGGAUGGGGGGUGGUUCUACAACGGAGACUCGGAUUACUCGACGGAGGAGGAGGUGGACGGCAGCUUCGAGAGCGAGGACGAGGGGUUCUGGGCAGACGCGGCGGAAUCCAAGGCGCCGCAGAGGAUCGGGGGAGGCGGCGGCGACAGCAUCCUUACCCGUCUCAAGAAGCUCUUCACGUGACGUGUUCUUGACACGGACGGAGCCCUAGAGAGACAGACGAGAGGAGGGACUAAAAAUAAAUAUGAGCACAGCAAGUCAGGUGUGGUUGGUGUUGCAUGUCUCCAGACGAAGAAUGUUUUAACGAGCGCGUGGGCUACUGUUUUUUUUUUUUUCAUUUGUUUCGGUGCCGGUGCUGACGUUUUGUUGAGCCCUUUUUGUGUCCCUUGGCCCGGCAAGGUUGCUGCUUCCGUGGGAUUAAGGUUGUACUUUGCUGCACGCUCGUGUUUUUCGAGCUCGUUGUCUGGACGGCCGCCGUCCAACGAUAGCGAUGAUGCGCCCUCACGUGGUACAUAUAUUUCUUAGAACCUUGUGUAACAUUUCGUUUUUCUGGGUUUUUCAGUUCCUUCGUCCACCGCUCAGUCCGUUCUCCUUUGCAUGGGUGGUGUGCUGAUUUUUUUGCCGGCUGCGAAAAACUCUUUUCACUAUUUUUUCUGGUACGUGCGCUUUUGGGGGGUGCUUUGUUUUACCCGUGUGGUUGUGUCGUGCCUGGCGUUUGUUUCGUCGGGGGCACAGCGGACGUUGUGCGAGCGGCAUUUGAGGGUUCGCCCCUCUGGCAAGUUGAACGCAGUUCGUCGCUGCUGCCGUCGUUCUUCUCUGCCACCACGCUUGUGUGGUUCUUUCUCCCAGCGCUAUGCAUUCCCGUGCGCUCACGGAUUGUCGUCGGCACACGGUGUUCGAGUACCACGCCGCGCUACGUAUGAUGGAGACGGUAUUGUUAGCAGGUUGUGUACCGUCGAAUCGGGGCGGAGAGUUUCUUGGGAUUUGGAGAAGCAGGGUAGCGCUAUUAUAGUGACAAGCUCAAGCGAGAGCUCUCCUCUCUGCUUUGCUACCGACGACGAGUCAAAGAGGAGAAAGAGAGCUGGGGUAAGCCCACUAGCGAAGAACACGCUUCGUUCGAACUCAAGUUACCUGCUUCGCCUUGCGGGCCGAGCUACCGCUACCGCUGGUUUGUGUUGGUACGGUGCGCGUCAAAAGUGCACGCUUCUUUAUGGACACAUGUAUGUUCGUGCAGCAGACGUGGUGUUUUGUAUCAGUAAAUUGGCUUAAAAAAAACUUGCGCAGUAUCGCAGGACCUUUGGAAGGUUGUAGGGAGAAUGCACCUACCUCCUUGCUGUUGCCUCCCCGUCUCCACGCAUUGCUCAACCACGAUGCCUUUGCCACCCCUUUUCGGUGGAUCUUAAGUGUGUCUCACGCGGAAGAAGCGAAGCAGACCGGUUUUGUAUUUUCUUUUCGGAGCUCUUUUGGGUACACUUCUUGAGGGUUUUGUCGGUAGCCGAGAAAACCGGUGCUUGUCUGAUGUCGAGGCUGCCGCCGAUUCAAAGCAGCCCGCAAGUGGAUGUGAUUUGUCUUGAUCAGCCGGUAUACCGGCGUUUUUGGUUUUCUUGAACCCACGGGGAACUGGUCGCAGGUACAAUCAACGGCAAGCAAGUUGAUUACGAACAGUGUUCGAACCCACCAAACAGGCGCAGAUCGAUGGCGGGAAGCUCGCACAUGUGUAAUUCUUUUAUGGAACUAGA